AUGCAGCAAGUGUCCGAUUCUGCUCAGGCUACCUCAACUUAUCCACGCCUAAACUCAGCAUCUGCUCCUGAGCUUCAUUAUGGAACUCAUUCCUCCACCCAGCCACACUUGGGACAACCGCACCACUACAGGCAUCACAACAAUCCCAGCUUAAAAAUAAUGUCUCCCGGAUCUUUGUCAUCCUCCCCAGAGCAUGUUAACCCUCAUCAGGUGCCAGAACUGUUAAAGCCACUUUUAUUAGACAAAUCAAACAUUAAAACAAGUGCCGAUUCAGCAUCAAGGCAAACCUCUCAAACUUAUCAUUUAAAAAGUGCUUCAUCAAGUGCCUCAACAAUCGACGUAGAUUCUUUUGUGCCUUCAGGUUAUGAUAAACUGAUGCCACCAAAAGAAAAUGGAAAGCCAACUAUUGUGAGAUUUCACGUUUGGGUUCUUGGGCUGGACUCUAUCGACGAGGGAUCGAUGACUUACGUUGCAGAUAUUUUCAUUUCUCAAAGCUGGAAAGACAACCGCUUGAUAAUUCCCAAAAAUAUUACUUUUAAUGUGAAUGUUAGCGCAAACAACGACCCAAGGGGGCCAUAUCGAUUGUUGCCUGUGACACUCAUUGAUAAAAUCUGGAGGCCAGAUUCGUUUUUUAAGAACGCCAAGGAAGUCACAUUCCAAGAGAUGACUAUUCCAAACCACUACAUUUGGCUAUAUGAAGACCAUACAAUUUUAUACAUGGUUAAGUUAAGCCUUCUUCUAUCAUGUGCAAUGAAAUUUCAAACAUAUCCUCAUGAUACUCAAAAUUGCACUAUGAAAAUUGAAUCACUUUCCUAUACAACAAACGAUUUAAUUUUUGAUUGGGAGGAAUCUGAUCCACUAGUAGUAGAGAAGAAUAUUGAAUUGCCGCAACACGAUUUAAUAAAAAAGGAGAUUGAUUAUUGCACCACAACUUACUCUUCAGGAACUUUUGCUUGCGUUCAGGUGCUCUUUACCAUUAAAAGACGUUUGGGUUACUACAUAUUCCACACGUACAUUCCCACCUGCCUUAUCGUCAUCAUGAGCUGGAUUUCCUUUUGGAUCAAGCCUGAAGCGGUGCCGGCACGUGUCACACUGUGCGUCACCUCACUGCUCACUCUUUCCACUCAGCACGCCCAAUCGCAGAAGUCACUUCCGCCAGUGUCGUACAUCAAGGCAAUUGACAUCUUCAUGUCCAGCUGCACCGUCUUUGUUUUUGCCUCGCUGAUGGAGUACGCUCUCGUCAACAUUCUCAUGUCGGAUGAGCUGCUCAACGGGUGGAUCGGCAUCAUGGGAGAGGCGGGUGGGCCGAUGCAGGCAGCGGCAGCCGUCGGCGGCGGGUCAUCGGCACUGGGGCACGUUGCCGACACUCCGCAGGCAGCCGCUGGGCCUGUAGGCCUGCUGCCGAGUCGUCCGUCUCCGCUGAUACACUACAGUCAGCAGUCAGCAGCAGCAGCAUCGGCAGCACCUGCCUGUGAGGCAUGCUGCACUAGUGCUCGACAAUCCACUUCAAGUGAAGCGGCAAAUGACGGUGAAGAGGAGGACUCAUUAGAGAAUGACGCCGCUGAAGAGGUUGACGAGGAAGCGGUUGAUAUACACUUGGGAAGGAAGGCGAUGCCUAAAUUGAAUGCCACUUCAAUCUCGUUGCUGCCUGCCAACUCGCUGCAGCACCGGGCCUCCUUUCAGUGUCUCACCGAGCUGACAGCUAACGUCACAAACCGAAACUUUGACCCCUAUGGAACGAGUGUGUUCAAAUUAAACUCGCUGAACGUCAAACCAAAAACAGCAAAUCGACCACCGAAUAACAUUCUGAGUAAUCGGAAGAACCCGAAGCUGUCAGGGCACAGCAAAAGCACCACAGUGAACCUAGCCGUAAACGAUCAAGGCAAGG